CUCUGCCCGCAGUUUCCUUCAUUCCUCAGAAACUAUAUCGCCCAUUCCGUAACCACCCACACUAUCGCAUCUCUGAUCUGAACGUCGUUAUUCGCCGAAUCCUUCCCCAUAGCCUAAUAACCCAAUAAUCCGGGUUAUAUAUAUAUAUCUCUCUCUCAUCGGAGCCGCAGGCCGGCUAUACUGUUGUGCUAUCAUUCCUAUCUCCGAGCCUGGCCCUCGUGAUUGUGCAGUAAAGUGAGGCUUUUGUCUAUCUGUCCGCAUACCGUGCCCUUACCACAGUUCCUUUCUAUGUCCCAGCCCCGUGACUUGGGCAAGGGUUCUGAGAAAAUGGCCAUCUCGUAUGCGAGUGGGCUUCCGGCCGAUCAUACUCAGGUCCUUCCCUCCUUCAGAGAGCUACUUCCCCCUCACCUUCACGAUGAAAUUGACUCGACUCCCUGUUUUAGUGCUCGGCAACAUUCGCGCGAGCGUCCCGCAUCAGCAAACCGUGAUAUGACUUCCAACCCCAGGCCUUUAUCUGGAGACUUCGGCCACUUUCAGCCCCAGCUGGCGCGGAACACACCACAAUACCCUUCCCGUGGCCCCAGCCCUAUUCUGCCGCCUAUCAGAGAUCUCCAGCAGAGCUUGAAUCCGUCUACUGCCCACUUCCCGGAUGCCAGAGGGCUUUCGAGACCAGAUCUCUUUGGAACUACCACACAGGAGCUUCGGGGGAGACCUGCUGGCACGCCCGGCUUCACUUCAGCCAAUCGUCCUCGGCCAAUGGGUGAGAGAGGUGGCGCAGAUCCUUACAAUGGACCGGCUGUCAUGCAUAACCAGAUGGCUUAUCCUUACCCAAUGGCUUACCAUAGCGAUUCCGAGCAGACAUCCCCGCAGGGAUUAUCGCAUGCUCAACCUUCGAAUUUUGGCAUCCUGGGCGAGCCGAUUGACUCCAAGAACAAACGUAGACGGGGGAACCUUCCCAAACCAGUCACUGAUAUCUUACGGGCCUGGUUUCAUGAGCAUUUAGACCACCCUUACCCUAGUGAGGAGGAUAAGCAAAUGUUUAUGACCCGCACCGGGCUCACCAUUAGCCAGAUCAGCAAUUGGUUUAUUAACGCGAGAAGGCGACAGCUACCUGCUCUUCGGAACCAGAUGCGAACUGGUGGAAGUGAUCUCGAUUCCCAACGCCAAUCCCCCUUUAGCGAUGUGGACCAUGCCUCCUCUGAAUCUAUGCCAUCACCCAGCCAGCUAGCCUCGGCGAGGUGAGCAAUCAUGACUUCCUACAGCUGUUUUGCCUCUAUGGACACAACCCUCGCUGAGCCCUAUUCUACCUGGAAAACCUUGGCUAGUUAAUGAGAGGGUUGACUGUUGCCUUCUUUCGUUGGAGCGCGGUCACAAGGCAUAUGCAGCACAUCAUGAUUCAUGGGACAGAGGUUGUCAAAGCCAAAUAGACGUACGAGAUCAGGUUGACGAAUCUCCUUUUUCCGACUUUAAUAUUUUUA